AUGGUACACAACAACUCAAAAUACUCUAGCACUCGCUACCAUGAUUCGAGUCUACAGGAAUUUUUCAGUUUCGAAGAGGUUGUCCUGAAAGGGUUGGCAUCCGACGGCGGAUUGUUCCACCCUCAUGAAGUACCAGAUGUCCGCUCCAAAUAUCAAGAGUGGAAAGAUCUGUCGUUCGCAGAGCUUGCAUAUCAGGUUAUCAGGCUAUAUGUGGACGACCACGAAAUAUCGAACGAUGAACUUCGUUCCAUCGUCGAUCAGAGUUAUUCGACUUUCAGACACCCCGACACUGUCCCUUUGGUGACCCUGGACGAGAAGAAAGACCUCCAUCUGUUAGAGUUGUUCCAUGGGCCGACGUUCGCCUUCAAAGAUGUUGCUCUUCAAUUUCUGGGAAAUCUGUUUGAGUUUUUCUUGGUCCGAAAAAACCAGAAGCUUGAGCAGGGCCAGCCGAGACACCAUUUGACAGUCAUCGGAGCAACUUCUGGAGAUACAGGAUCUGCAGCAAUCUACGGUCUUCGAGGCAAGAAGGAUGUGAGUAUCUUCAUCACAUUCCCCGAUGGAAAGGUCUCGCCCGUGCAAGAGGCACAGAUGACGACAGUUCUGGACCCCAAUGUACACUGCAUCUCGGUCCAGGGGACGUUUGAUGACUGUCAGGACUAUGUGAAAGCACUGUUCGCGGACCCAGAAAUGAACAAAAUCCACCAUUUGGCGGCGGUGAACUCCAUCAAUUGGGCUCGUAUCUUGGCCCAGAUCACAUACUACUUCUAUGCCUAUUUUCAACUCCUCAAGCAAAGACCAGACCUUCAGCAGGUCAAAUUUGUGGUCCCCACGGGUAACUUUGGUGAUAUAUUGGCGGGAUAUUACGCAAAGAGGAUGGGUCUGCCGGUUGCAAAGCUGGUCAUCGCGACGAAUGAAAACGACAUUUUACACCGAUUCUGGAAGACUGGGUCUUACUCUAAAAAGGAAACACCUGCCAGUGAAGCACACGCGGGACUCAAGGAGGAUGGAGCUCAAGCUCACGAAGACGGUGUUAAAGAGACAUACAGUCCUGCAAUGGACAUCCUUGUGUCUUCGAACUUCGAACGCCUUCUGUGGCACUUGACGCUUGAAUAUGAGUUGGAAAGCAAUCCAUCAGAUGGACUUGAAUCUUCAGUUCGAGCCGCGGGUGGGAAGCUGAACGACUUGUUCCAGUCGUUGAAGCAGACGGGAUCAUUUACCGUGGAGCCGGAAAUUCUGAACAAGGCGAGACACAUUUUCAGUACGCACCGCGUCAGCAACGCCGAGACCUUGGAGACGAUAAAAGGAAGCUAUCAAGGCAAGCUGAUCGCCAAGAGCAAAUAUGUUCUGGAUCCUCAUUCGGCCAUCGGAGUGGCAGCGAGUUUGCGUGAAAUCGCAGGCACGGAUAGAGCUGAUGUCCCAAUUGUCUCACUGUCAACAGCACAUCCUGCGAAGUUCGCUGGAGCAGUAGAGUUGGCUUUACAGGAAGAGAAAGAGUUCGACUUCAACACUGUGCUACCAGAACAAUUUGUUGGCCUCGACAGCCAAGAGAGAAAGGUGUUGAAGGUGUCAAGCCAUGAAGGGCUAGGAGGACUCCGAGAUCUCAUCACUAGAGAGGUCGAAAAGGAGAAAUCAGCAUGA